AUGCUGGGCGGUAAUUGCCUCGGAAAAGACUCGAUUGGAGUAUUGAGUGCGAUAUUGCUCUGCCGAUCUUUCCUCGUAUUUGACAUCGAGAGGCCGAAUGGGCUUGGCAAUGCUGUAUCCGCCUCGCACUUAAAGCGCUGCUUCCUGCGUCUGAGUCAAUCAAUCGGAAGCCUCGAAGAGAGACAAGAUGUGGGCCCGAUUGAUUCCAAUUCUUCUGCUUCUUGUGAAGCCCACCGUAUCGCUUACUAUAACGGCACGCUCAUCGUGAGGAUAAGUCCGCAGCGCAAAGCACAUAAAGUGAAGCCGCUGGACGGCAAUGCCUGCGGAGAGUAUGAAGAUCGUACAUUCGAAUUCAUUUGGGACGCUCUCGUCGGCUUAAUCCCGACUGCGCCCAACGCACCUUCACCAAACCCAUUCUUCCUUAGCCUCUAUGCGUGGGACGAGGGCUAUAGACUGCCAAACGAGAACGAACCUGCGAAUUACAGCGAGUACCAAGGGACCUGGUUCCACACGUUUUCGAGGUUUGGACACAGUAUCCUUCUUUAUGAAGAGGCUUCAGACUGA